AUGUAUGUUGUUAGAAGAGUAUCUUCCACCGGAGUGAAGAUUUAUGUGCGGGCUAUUUCGUCCUCCGCCUUUUCUUCUGCUUCCGCUUCAUCUUCAUCUUCUUCAACUAAGAGAAGACAUAGACCUGCCACCAAGUUUAACGAUAAGCUUAAUGUGGGUCCGUCGUUUGCCGAUUUUGUCUCUGGCCGUGCCAAAGAUAUCCUCGUGGAUCCGUUAGAGGCUGCCAGAAAGGACCCAGAUGCCAGACUGCCCCCAUGGCUUAGAGUGCCCAUUCCUAAAGGCCGUUCUUUCCACAAGAUAGGUGCAGACUUGAAGGAGUUGCACCUUUCUACUGUUUGUCAGGAAGCUCGAUGCCCCAAUAUUGGAGAGUGCUGGGGUGGUAAGCGUUCAGAGGCCACGGCUACUAUUAUGUUGAUGGGAGAUACGUGCACAAGAGGCUGUCGUUUUUGCUCGGUCAAGACUGAUCGUCAUCCUGCCGCUGUCGAUCCUAUGGAGCCUGAGAAGACAGGUGAGGCCAUUUCCCGGUGGGGUUUAGGCUAUGUUGUUCUUACUACGGUGGAUAGAGACGAUAUGGUGGACGGAGGUUCGAAUCACUUGCGUGAAACCGUGGAGAAAAUUAAGGAGAAGUCACCCAAAACGCUAGUAGAGGUCCUUUGCGGUGACUUCCGUGGAAAUUUGGAUGACGUCAAGACGUUGGCCACAUCUCAUUUGGAUGUUUAUGCCCAUAAUAUGGAAACUGUCGAGGCGCUCACUCCUUACGUUAGAGAUCGUAGGGCAACAUAUAGACAAUCGUUAAAUGUGUUAAGAGCAGCCAAGGAGUUCAAUCCUAAAGUGGUGACUAAAACGUCUGUGAUGCUUGGAUUUGGAGAGACUGACGAGCAAAUACUGCAAACUCUGAAAGACUUAAGGGCCAAUAAAGUUGAUGUGGUUACUUUCGGUCAGUAUAUGAGACCUACAAGAAGACAUAUGAAGGUUGUUGAGUAUGUGAGACCGGAGAAAUUCGAUUAUUGGAAGGAUCAGGCUCUAAGCAUGGGUUUCCUUUAUUGUGCAUCGGGACCUUUAGUUAGAUCUUCAUAUAAAGCAGGAGAGGCAUUUAUUGAGAACGUUAUCAAGAAGAAAAAGAGAAACGUUGGAGUUCCUAGGGAGUUGGAAGUUGGCGAUGAGAAGUUUGUUUCCAAGGACAUAUUAGAGGGGAAGAAGUGA